AUGGACACAGAAGAUAGGAGCAGAGAUGAUCUCAUUCUCCCAGACCCACAGUGGCCUUCCAGCGUGCCUGGAAUUGAAAUUUCAGGCUCAUCUUCCCAAGAUAACCCAGCACAAAAGACAGCCCCUUCCCCACCACGCCAUACAUGGCUGACAUUUUUGCAGAAGGAGCUGGAAUUCCUGGGGGUAACACAAAUUCUGAUCAGCUCGGUGUGCCUUUGUCUUGGGACAGUUAUCUGCUCCAUGAUCAAUAUUUCGGAAUUUAAGGAAGACAUUUUUUCUUCAUUUAAAGCACGCUACCCGUUCUGGGGAGCAGUAUUUUUUGCUAUCUCUGGAAUUUUGUCAAUUGUGUCUGAAAAGAAUCACAAACCAUAUGUGUUGCAAGGAAGCCUGGGAGCAAACACCAUCAGCACCUUAGCUGCUGGAGCAGGGAUUAUCAUCCUGAUCAUCAACCUGAAGCGGAACUCUGCUUAUAUCAACAAGUGCCAGGGAAUUGAGUCAGACGACACCUGCUUCUUGGCUCCUUUUUCCACUGAAAUUGUGGCCAUAAUUCUGUUUCUCACCAUUCUGGAGUUUUGCAGUGCUGUGUUGCUCAUAGUCUAUGGUGUUGGAGAACUACUGGAAAGGAAAAAGAUUCCAGAAGAUCGUCUUUAUGAAGAACUAAACAUAUAUUCACCAAUUUACACUGAGUUGGAAGACAGAGGGAAUAAACUCUCUCCCACUGAGUCUUGA